AUGGCUAAUCAAAGUCUUCUUGACAAUCAACUUCAUAUAAUAGGUGAGACUAAAUUUAAAGAAUUUAGUGUGAUUAAUAACUUUUGGAAUAAACAACAUGAAUUUAUUAAAGAAUGGAAUGAAGUAUAUAGUACUAUGAAUACAAUAUUAAGAAAAGAAACAGAUUUAAUAGAAGCAACAUUCUAUAAUAAUUCUGUUGGAUUUGUUCCAGAAGAUGGAGAAGUUAUUAUUAGUGCAUUGAGUUAUAUUAAUAAUUCUACUCAAAUGUUUGCUUCACAUGUUUCAGAAUUAUUUAGUAGUGUAUUAGAUUCAUUAGAUAUGAAAUUCCAAGAAAUAGAAAAUGAAUUUAAAUCUGCAGGGUAUUCACAAAAAUCAAAACAAGGAGAUAUAGUAAAUGAAAAAAUUAUUACAUUAUAUCAUAGUUUAUCAACAACAACAUCAUUGACAAUAACAAAAAUGUUUACAGAUAUGUUAGAUGAUUAUUAUAAAUAUUUUAGAAUGGGAAUUACUUUUAUUGAAGAAAGUGAUAAGUUUAAACAAAUGAAAGAAACUAUUAAUAAGAAAAUAACUGAUGAAAAACUUAAAUUUCAACCUCAAACAGUCACUUAUGCUAAUGUUCCUAUUUCUGCUAUUCUUAAAGAUGAACAUAGAACUACAAGAGAUCUUCCAAGAGUUAUAGAAAAUAUUCAUAUGUGUUUAAUGAAAAAUGGAUUAAAUACUAAAGGAAUUUUUCGUGAAUCAACUGCUACUACAAAUGUUAUUCAAGAAAUUUAUAUGAGAAUGUCUGUAACAAAUUUUUUAGAAUUACCUCCUGAUGUUACUGCUGCAGUUUAUAAAAAGUUUUUAAGAGAAUUACCAAAUCAUAUUUUCAAUUUAUCACAAACAAUGGAAUUAGCUGAACGUAUGAAUACAAUCCAAAAUACUGAAGAGAAUAUUAUUCAAUUAAUGAAAAAUGCAGUUAAUCAAUUACCUGAAGAAUUAAAAACAUUAUUCAUUCAUUUACUUCGAUUAUGUAAUAAAAUUGCUCAAAAUGAACAAAUAAAUUCAAUGGGAUCUAAGAAUCUUUCUGUAUGUUUAACACCUUCUGUAUUUUCUAUUUCAGAAGGUGAAAAUGGACAAUAUGUACUUCCUUCAUUAUUAAAUCUAUUAACAAAUUAUAUUAAUCAUUUCAAUAAACUCUUUCCUAGAUUUGCUGAUCCAAUCAAUCAACAACAGAAAGUAUCUCGUAUUUCUAUGGUUAGUGAAAGACCUUCACAAAGAUUAAGUGCUUCUACAGAAACAAAUAAACCAUUUCUUCAACAUACUAAUAAAAUUCCCUCUCAACAUUCUUCUUCAUCUGUUUCAAUAAAAAAACCAAUUAUACAACACCCAAAAGUAGAGGUAGAACAACCUAAAACAUCUAGUCCUGUUAUUAUACAAAGAAAAGCAUUAUCAACAAGUUUACCAACAACAACACAAAAGAAAACAACAUUAACAAGACAAACAAUUAAUCCUAGAAUAAUAAAAAAACAAACUAGUGAAACAAAAGAUGAUGGAAAUGAAUUACAAGAAAUACUUUCUAAAAGAAGAAAAGCUAUGGAUUAUUGA